GCGGCUCAGUUUGUUGUCGUUAGCGCUCGAUGCUCCAUCAGAGCUCCACACCGGGCGUCAUGACUCGUUAAACCGCUAUUUUUUUUACCUUCCUGUGAGCUAAACAGCUUGUUUGGAGUGUUCGGCUGCUGAGGCGUUUCUCUUUCUCCUCAGGAAAAGUGUGUCAUUUUAGUCACUUCGUUUGUUUCUGGUGUUUCUACUCGUUUAAACCGAAUUGUAGGCUUUUUUUUUCUAUAGAAUUAAUAGUGAUUAAUAAAGACGUUUCUGUCAGGAUGAUUCGGUGCGGUUUUAACCCUCACAGAUGUGCUAGCAGUAGCUAACUGAGGUACUGUCCGAGUCACUGAGUCACCGAUUCACCGAGUCUCUGAGUCACGUCCAGCGGUUGGCAUAACAACCGAUCGUUCGAACUCGCGCGCGGUUUAUUUCGCGAUGGCGGAAAGCGGCGGAAUAAAGCAGGGAAAGCCUGGAGAAAGCCCCAGCACUGAGAGGAUCAAGCAAGCAGCAGCAGAACGCCCCGUUAACGGGAGGAAGAGGGACGGUGAAGAGAGCCCAGGCUCCGGGAGGAUGAAAACGCACCAGUCGCCAUCUACCCGGUGCGUUAAGCAGCACUCGGGCGCCACCGGUCACUCUUUCCGUAAAGUGACCCUGACCAAGCCGACCUUCUGCCACCACUGCAGCGACUUCAUCUGGGGGCUCGUGGGCUACGUGUGUGAAGUGUGUAACUUCAUGUCUCACGAGAAGUGUUUGAAGCACAUGCGUACCGUGUGCUCCUGCAUGGCGCCCACGCUGGUGCGGGUUCCUGUAGCUCACUGCUUUGGUCCAGCCGGUCAGAAGAAGCGCUUCUGCUGCUUGUGCCGCAAGAACCUGGAGGGAACGUCGGCUUUACGAUGUGAAGUGUGCGAGCUGCACGUUCACAGCGACUGCGCCCCCUUCGUUUGCAGUGACUGUCGUCUGUGUCAUCAAGAUGGAGGCCAAGACUACGACAUUCACCAUCACCACUGGCGGGAGGGGAACAUGGCAUCCGGAGCGCGCUGCGAUGUGUGCCGGCGGGUCUGCGGCUCCUCCGACGUCCUCGCCGGAAUGAGGUGCGAGUGGUGCGGCGUCACGGCACAUGCCUCGUGUUAUAUCACAAUCCCUCCCGAGUGCGGUCUGGGUCGCCUGCGCAACAUGAUCCUGCACCCCAGCUGUGUGCGCGUCUGCUCACGCAACUUCAGCAAGAUUCACUGCUACCGCAUCUCGGAGCCCCUGCAGCAGUGCGAACUGGAUAAUCUAGAUGACUCUGAUGUCCAGAAUCCAACAACAUCGAAGGACAAUCAGUCCUCAGGCUCAUCAGAUACUGGGAAGCAGACUCUGAGAGUGUUCGACGGGGAUGACGGUGUGAAGCGUAAUCAGUUCCGGCUGGUCUCCAUUCCUAGAUUAACUAAGAAUGAGGAAAUAGUGGAAGCGGCACUUAAGGCGUUCUACAUCCCGGAUGACGCGCAGGAAUACGAGCUCCAGAAUUACACCCAACCCGACCUGUUAACGGAUGACAUCAUCAACCGCAACGGCAUGCCCGAUAACAAGGCCGUGUUUAAGGACUGCCCGCCGGAGAUGUGGCUUCUCCGAGCCAAGCCCAGAGACACGGAGCUGCUGAAGAUCUACGCUGGCUGGCUCAAGGCCGGUGUUGCCUACAUCAGUAUCACCGUUGGGAAGAGCAAAACCGCAGACUCGGUCAUUAAGGAAGUGCUCGUUCAGCUCGGCAAACAGGAUGAAAACCCUGCAGAUUUUAACCUUGUAGAGGUUUUAAUGAGCAGCAAACAAGUGCAGAAGCAGGUUCUUGGUGGUCAGGAGUUUUUACUGGACAAGCUGCAAGAGAUCAGGAAGAUGUCUCUGAGGCAGAUGAACCAGACUCGCUUUUACGUUGUGGAGAGCAGGAACCGUAUGGUCCAGGUGGACCUGCUGAUCGGAGGACUUCCACUGCAGUUCAGCACAGAAGAAUACACAGAGCUGCUGCAGGAACACCUCACUAUCAAGAGUCACUUGGUCACCGUCACUCACGUCUACCCAGCACAAGGAUCGGUGGCUUUGCAGAUCACCUGUUUCUCUGAAGCUGAACGCAUCUACAUGUUGGCCAAAGACACCAGCAUCAAUGGCAAGCAACUGUCUUGUCUCAUCAUUCCAGAAAUCAUGAAAAGCAAGCUACCUAGAGACUCCUGCCCUUUGCUGGUGUUUGUUAACCCUAAGAGCGGGGGCCUGAAAGGCAGAGAGCUUCUUUAUGGCUUCCGGAAACUUCUCAAUCCUCAUCAGGUGUUCGAGCUGACCAGCGGAGGUCCUCUGCCUGGAUUACACACAUUUCGAGAGGUUCCACUCUUCCGCAUGAUGGUGUGCGGAGGAGACGGGACAGUGGGAUGGGUGCUGGGUGUCCUGGAGACCAUCAGACACAAACUAGCUUGUACUGAGCCUGCCAUCGGCAUCGUCCCUCUGGGAACAGGUAAUGACCUGGCACGUGUCCUACGUUGGGGAGCGGGCUAUAGCUGUGAGGACCCCUACAAUGUCCUGGUCUCAGUGGAUGAGGCAGAAGAAGUGGAGAUGGACCGCUGGACCAUCCUGUUUGACGCUCAGGAAAUGACAGAGGACGGAAAGCAGAACGGCUUCCUGGAACCUCCGAAGAUAGUCCAGAUGAAUAAUUACUUUGGCCUAGGGAUCGAUGCAGAGCUCAGCUUGGACUUCCAUCAUGCACGGGAAGAAGAGCCGGGAAAAUUCACCAGCAGGUUUCAUAAUAAAGGCGUGUACGUGAAAGCCGGCCUGCAGAAACUGAGUCACACGCGGAACCUUCACAGAGACCUUAAGCUACAGGUGGACAAGCAGGACAUAGAACUGCCGAGUAUAGAGGGCCUCAUCUUCCUUAACAUUCCCAGCUGGGGCUCUGGUGCUGAUCUGUGGGGUUCAGACAAUGAUUCACGCUUUGACAAGCCCAGGAUAGAUGACGGCAUGGUGGAGGUAGUGGGAGUUACUGGGGUGGUCCACAUGGGUCAGGUCCAAAGCGGGCUACGCUCAGGGAUCCGGAUCGCUCAGGGCAGCUACAUACGCAUCACUGUAUUAAAGCCCAUCCCAGUGCAGGUGGACGGUGAGCCAUGGAUCCAGUCCCCUGGACAGAUCAUCAUCUCUGCAGCAGGACCCAAAGUGCACAUGCUGAGGAAAUCAAAGAGCAAGCAGAAGAAGCAAUCUGGCAGUCUGAAGGAGUUAAGAUCUGAGAGCCCAGCGCCAGGAGAGGGGGCAAACUGACAGAAAAGCUCACACAAACACACACACACACACACACACUGUUUCAAAAGUCUCCACAAUGCCAUGCAUUCAGUAACAAGUCUGUAUCCACCUCCCCGGUAGAAAUCUAAUUCAGUGGAUUAGAGAAGACAAAACAAUCCAUGUUUCUUAUUUAUAAAUAAAUUCCUACAAGCAACACGUAGUUUACAUAUUACACACUUCUUAGGCCCUCUUCCUUUCACUUUUGUAACGGAAGUGGUAAAAUGUCCGGAAAUUGAAAGAGGGUUUGAUUUUUUUUUCUUUUUUUUUUUUUUUAAAAGGGAGCAAACUUGUUUCCAACAUAUUUCUUUUCUGCAGCUUGAAACCAUUCGCUUUGUUCUUCACUUUGUGUCUGAAUGCUAAGGUCAACUACUUACAGUACUUGCUCAUAUUUCUCAUAAAGACAGAAAUGGUUAUGAUUAUGAUGCUAUCGUGAAUCGCUAUCGUAGCCAUCGUUACUUUGAUUUAUCAUAAAAAUUGGCUAUUUAUUAUAAAAUGAACAUUAGGCUGGACUCAUGGAGCUUAACUUAGUACUAUCAUUAUUUAUUCUAAUUAUAGUUAAAUAGGGUUGGGAUACAGCCCACACCGAGAGCGUUAAUUAGAUGAAUCUCCUUGGUGUUUUGUGUUUCGUACAUAGUUCAGGUUUAGUAACCAAAACGAAAUGUACAGAAUUAGUUAGAGAGAAAAAAAAGACCAAGAAAAGACGUCCACUCCAAGACAACGAACCGCAUUAUCGGGCUCAUUCACCGGCUGUCUGUACUAAACAGUUAUAAGCAGUUUUAAAGAUAAAUGCACUUAUUAAUCGUAAUCGUUUCUACUUAGAGAAAAUGUUCUACAUUUUAACAUAAUCUGCAAAAAAUCCUGUUGUAUUAUUGAUUGUAGCAAGUCAAAGCUAAAUUGGAGCAUUUUGGAGCUAGCAAACAAAAUUGCUUUGCGUUUAUUUUGUUGCAGUGAAUUUUCCUUGUUGCUUUCUACACACACACACACACACGUAUACUCUCACACAGCACCUGCUGUGUCAGUUAAUUUCACACUCAGACUGAUCACGAUACACUUAACCUUCCAGUGUAUGAUGUAUUAGUGCUGUAUUCCUUUUCUCCUUUUCAAUAACUUUGCUAGAAUCCGGCUAAUUUGUGAUUAUCGCGAGCCUGUUUUGAGGCUUUAUAACGAACAUCAUCUGAUGCAGUUUAGAUCAGUGUACAAGGGCUUAAAUGUACACGAAGGCUGCUGAUUGUCUGCUCCGAGUCACGUGGUCACGAACUCGUCACGUUAUCCUACGAGCACGAAUAGUUUGUGUGUAGAGAGUGUGUGUGUGCGUGUGUGUGUGUGUAGACGAACUCUUGUACUAGAGUAAUUUCUACAGGUUAUAAUAUUCUAGACAAAUGUUUGCAAACUUGUAAACGUGCCCUACUGUAAAGUUGUACAGUAAAUAUCUAGGUGUAAGCACAAUGCUUUAUUAUAUAGUAAUAUGCCGGAUAUAUUCAGUGUAUGUUUUCUAUAUUGAAUAUAUUCUUUAAUACUUACAGAAUGUUGUACUGUAUACACGUACCCUGAUGUACAGUGACUGGUCAGUCUUGUUCCGUAGCAGCGUACAUACAUACAGGAACAAAUGGACUACCACUACAGUGCUUGCUCUACAUCUACCUCUGUGCUUUCUGCUCUUGGUUCUGCCACUUUCGCCUUGCAUUAGUAUCGGAAAUGCUGUGCCAUUUUUUUUUUUUGUUUGUUUGUGUUUGUUUGUGGGACCGGGAAAUUUUUACGAAUGCCAAAGGACUGAUCAGUAACAAGCGAUGAUGGGUUAAAGGUUUGCACGGUAAUGUACCAUCAUCCAGAAGGGUUUUACAGAUCCUUACUUCUUCCUUUUAUGUGUUCCAGGAUCAGAACUCUGAGCAUCAGCUGGUGCUUAAAUAAUAUCGUAUUUCUAACUUUAUUAUAAAAUAGUAUCAUUUAGUCGGCGAUCGCAACGAUCGUCAGUUCAUUUUACUUUAAACGUAUUUGCUUAUAUUCUCAGAGCCUGAAUGUCAACUAAACUAAAAAUUGUUCACAAUCAAUAAUGAUAAUUACUUAAAUAUAUAUAUAUAUAUAUAUAUAUUUGUCUUGACUUUGAGGACCAAUUAUAAUACGAAUCCGGUCAUGAUAUUAACAUGGGCUGUGAUGUCAUCGACUAUUGCCUGAGCAGGUAUAAUAUCCCAGCCUGUGAGUUUUAUACACGUCUGUAUUUCAUGACUAGUGCGACAAUCUUGAGAUUUGCGUUCUGGAUCAAACAUCUGGUCGGAAAAUAUCGAAUCUGUUCCAGUGCCGAUCUGCGGUUUCAUGCCAAAGUCGGUUCUAUUAUAAAUAUCAGUUUGCUGCAUCCGUGCCUGCAAUCAGCAUUACAUGCUGUCAGUAUUUGAAGACAAAAGUACCAGUCCUGUACUGUAUUGUGGUGUUUGGUUGUCUGCUGCUAGACGCUUGUGGCGUUGUGUGUGUGUGUGUGUGUGUGUGUGUUAGUUACUCUUCCUCUUAGUUCAGAGUGCCCUUAAUUAAUCCUUGAAACCAUGGUGUUCAUUGUAGAAAUGUUCUGAAUGGUCAUAUUUAACUCUUGUUAAUUACUGAAUUAUUAUGUACUAUGUAUGUAUGUGUUCAUACUUAAUACCCCCCCGUAGUGCCUAAUCUAAGUGCUUUUAGAGACUCUGCAGUAUUGACGUACCGUGUGUGUCCAGUCCUUUGACUUUUUUACACUGAUGUCGGUAUAUUACGUAAGAUUUUGAGCAUCUCUGGCAUUUAUUGCCACGUGGUCGUCACUGUUCUAGCCACGAAUUGCAUGACCUUUUCAAAAAUACGUGUCAGGUUUAAAUGAAGCUAAUGUGAAAUUAAAACUAGGAAGUUGGGCAUCGCUGUGUUCCAAGCACUUGCGUAUCGCGGGUUUAGAUCACACAUUCAGUCAGUCUGUAUAGCUAUAAAAAAAAAAAUAAAAAAAUUAAAGGUCAUAUAAGUUGACGCUAUAAAGUUUGAUAACCGGAAUUGCUUCUGUAUAAAAUUCAGAUUUUCAAGAAACUGCUAAAUGUUAGUUACAAACAGGUUAAUAUUUAAUAAAAGAGGACAUUCCUGAUGAGACAAAGAACCUAAGAUCAGUUUAAAAAAGGCUAACUAUUUUAAAAGAACGGCCAAACGGUGCGUCGCCGUCGUCUAUGUUCAAGCCGUCCUGCUGCCUCGCUGGAUGGUUCCGUGAAUGUUAGAUGUCGUUGAAGCAUCGUGCUGUUUUAGAUCUUUUAGAGCUUACGUGCCUCCACAUGACUACACUCAUGCAGUUAUGUAUCUUCUUGCAUAACAUCUCACGUGAUCAAACAUUUUUUGUACUGGUUUAAAACCUAAAGGUUAAUGUACUAAGAUCUAUAGUAUACAGUAGAUGUAUAUUUUUUUGUAAGAGAAAUGUUCGAAUAUAAACUGCCAAGAAUAUUGCACUGACCAUGUUGUACAAUAUUCUGUGUCAAAUGAAUGUUAAAUAAUUCUAAAUGUAUAGAUGGAUACAUCAGAUGUGUAACAAGAAUAUAGAAAGAAAAUAUAAAUUUGGACUUUUUUGGUACAA